CUAGGGUGCAGGAUGCCCCCUGGGGCCCAGUUUUGUGUAUCCCCCCAGAAGGCAGUAUGUGAGUCUGUUCUCUGCCCUCAGGGGCUUCAUCUGGUGCAGCUAGUGGUGCUUGUAGCAGCCACGCAGCCCAAGCAAGAUCAGUAUUAGCAUCAGCAGCUCCAGGGAGCCCCAGUGGCUGGGUUCAUCCUCUUUGUGGGGUGAGGAGAAAUGCAGGCUAGCCCAGCCUGCAUUGUACCCCUUGUACAAGCCAGGAGCCAGAUACACCAGUCCAGGGCCACGUGGCCACACAUCCCCAUUUAUAAUGGUGUUGCAGGAGAAGGUGUAGGGGGCAGUGGUAGAAUGAAGAACACCUGACAAUAACUAACAGUCUGAUAUCACUUUGUACCCCACAAAAGUGCUCCACAUGAGUUAGAAUUAACUCAUUUCAUCUCAGCAAACCCAUUUUAUAGAUGAGGAAACCUAAUUUCAUCACAUUGCCAGAAAGUACCAAAGUACUUGUUUGAAGCCAAGUAAUCUCACUCCAAGGCCAAGGCCAAGGUUUCAGCCAGUCCAGCUAUUUGCUGAGGUGCUUUGGGUGGGUCAUUUCCCUUAUUUGGGCACAUCUGGCUAUGAGGAUUUUAGAUGAGGUAGCUUCUGAGGGCCCUACCACCUUUUACCAGUGACUGGUUCUGACAGUGUCCUAACUUACAAUGUCUUUUCCACCGAGAGGUUCUGGCCACCAUCCCCAUGAAGCAGUCAAGAUCAGGGCUGCUGAGCCAGAAUAGACCCGUUUUCCACAGACUCCUAGACAUUGGGAUCUGGUAGGCUGGGCUGUUUACUCAGGGUACUACCAAAGAGGACCUUACUGAACACUGACGAUGAACUUCAGGAUGUGACCUUUACCCAAGAGACACAGGGUCUAAAGGUAACACCAGCAUAUGUGGGCAGGCCAGACAUACUGCAAGGCUGGGCCUUGUGGAGCAAAGCACACCCACCCUACCUUACUCCCUUGUCACCAGGAGCAGACAGCUGACCAGUGAACAUGUACUGAGAGCUUCUUGUGCUAAGUUGUUCAUGUACAUUAUCUCACUUAAACUUCACUACACCCCUCUAGGAUAACUACCAUGUGCCCCCAUUUCAUAGGUUGGGAAACUAAAGCUUAGAGAAGUUACUUGCACCAAACUCCAUAGCUAAUAAGGGGCAUGGUACCUCAUACUGCCUGCAGCAUCCACCACAGGGCCUUCGUCUUAGGUCCUCCUGACACUCAGACUCAGGACUCCUCAGGCUAUGCUGGGCAGGGCCUUCCCCUCGAAGACCAGCAGACCAGAAACAGCCUCCAGCAGGUCAGCAUGAAAUAGCCCACUCCAGGGAGUAGUCCUGGAGCCUACAGUUAUCCAGACUGUUCUUUGUUGCCCAGGUGACAGCUCAGGAGUAAGGGAAUAAGACAUAGCAGGGAGAAGUGGGAUCCACCUUGACUUAGAAACCUCAUGCCCCAUGACUCCCUAGUUCCAUAGGCAUAGCUUCCAGGGUCCCUGCAAGGGGCAUGUCCAAUUGAGUCACUAUACUAAGGAUACCCAAAGCUGUGGCUUUUUAGUAGAUGCUUAUAGUUCACACACAGAAUUCCUAGUCCAGAUAAUUUAUAAUUGGGGUCAUUUUUACCAUAAGUAAAAUGUUGCCUUGAAACAGACAUUCCAUUUGUAUCUGGCUUCCAAGGGAAUAGAACUAGAAAGGUAACCAAAUGUCAGAUUCUGCAGGAGCAGUGGGAUUUGUUAGCCCUUCACUCUGGGUCAGAACUGAAUGUUAUUUAAGGAAACAAACAGAAACUUUUGAAAUUGUUUCACAAAGCCAGGCUGCCUAAUAGUGAGUCACCCAAAGAAGCUGAAGGCCACACACACAUGCUGAUGCAGGUGAGAGCACUCCACUGACCCCACAGAGUGGGAAGGUGAAUGGGAAAGUGGGACUGGGGGACAGAGGCCUCCUGGCACCAGCUCAACAUGCCCACCUUCAAUCCAUGACAAGGACAGGAUAUAGACUCCAGUGCAGAGGAACAUCAGAAAGAAAAAGUCCAGGUACUUCAGGAGAUAGAAGAGCCCAGGUUCCACUUAGGGCCAAAUCCCUCAGGAACCCUCUGCCCCUUCCGUACCUGCACCCUGGCCAUGUGCCUGCGGCUGCUCCACCCUGCAUCCAUUGCCUGGCCAUUAGUCCUGAGCAGGAGGGUCCAUAGCACUUCUCGUUGACAUCUGAGCUCUUUCUGGGCUGCGGCACUGGUGAGCCAAGUGGUCACACUGUGCCCUACACCAGCUGCCACCAUCCCUCCUCAGAGCCGGAGGUGACUCAUCCUCCCUGCAGCCAAAACUAAAAACUUGGAGAUCUUCUGGCCUAAGAGAGUCCACACUCCUCAUGCUGAUACUCAUCCAGGUCAGCCCAUGCCAUCAGGGAAGCUGGAAACCUCCCACUUGGGGACCGUCCCAGGCAAGCAUCAGAACCAUGUAUUUGUGCCUAGUCUGCAACACCAAGGCAGCUGCAGAAGUUUCCAGGGGCCAGCAGCUGAAGGGCCCAAGAUACCUGUAGGGGCUGCCAUGCAAGGGGAAGUUCCAGGACAGGCUAGAGAGCCAUGGGGCCCAGAUGGCAGAGGCUCUGUCCACAUCACUCCUCCCGAGUUCUAGACUUUGCUCUUCUGACAUCCUGUCCUUCCACAUAAUGGCUGAGCUCAGUACCUGCCCCUACCCUGCCCCUCUACCCUUAGCUGGCCUCCCUGGGCAAAUAGUGCAGACACACCUGUGGUUUCAGGGAUGGGGAUCGUGUGGGCCACCACUCUCCAGAAAACAUGGGAAGAGCCACGUCCACAGCCCCCUUUGCCCACCUCUUGAACUAAAUUCAAGAAUUUUUUUUUCUCCACUGCCGAGAGGGGUUUGUCAGUGUUUGCAGACAUCCAGACAACACUGAACUCAUGUCUGCUACCACCCGAGUUGCCCGCAAAGUACCGUCAAUACUGGCAGAAAGCCUGAGAUGCUGUAAAUAACCCAAUUAUAUUGUAAUGCAUUUUGGCAUUUAAAAUGUAAUUUUGUAAAUGUAUUUAGUGCUUACAAUCAAAGACAAUUUUUACCCCCCAAAAAAAGAAGUGAAACUAAUGUUCAGCUCACAUAAGAUUGUUGGAGAGCCAAGGAAAUAUGUAAUACAGUGGUUUAAAGAGAUUUCCAGUAAGAGUGGGAAAAGUUUGGGCACUCAAAUCAGUUUGGACAAUUUCAUGCAGAAAGCUGCCUGAUAGCAAGGCUUCUGGAGAAGUGUGUAAUGUUCUCUGGUUAUAUUCACAUGCUUCAUCUGUCAGGGCACCUCUCCUGGCUCGCUGUUCCUGCACAAUUCAACCUGCCUUGAGUUAACUAUCAACACAAAGUGACUUGAGUUAACCAUCUAAAACAGCCACGGCCCCAGUUAUACAGUUGCUGUGAGAGCAGCUCCUGAUGACAGAGUCUAGAAAGGCCUCAAGGAGAAGAGGGGAAAGCAUGGAGAGCUUAGAGCUGUCUUUCUGCAACUCAGAGCUGGAGAUGCAGAGAUGGGUCAGAUCUGCCUGGGAAGGUGGGGGAGACAGGUCUCCCCAGAGCCUCACUGCUACCACUUGGGACCCUUCCCCCACACCAUAGCCAAGUUCUCCAGCCAAGCUUCUGCCUCAGUCCCUAAGGAAACAAAAAUUGAUUAACCUCUUCAGAAUGGCUGCCUAGAUGAGGAAGGCCACCUCCUCAACGCUGUCAGCUUCCCCAGCUUGAAGCCUCUGCCUUUGUAUUCCACCCUCUCCCCCAGGGAUCAGGACUUUGAGAAGCUGUAUGGGAAAAUGCUACCUACCUCUGCAUAAUUAGAAUAAUUUAUCAAAGCAGGAGCUUUGACAAAUCACCCACAUUUUGGUCCCUGUCAAACAGCAGGUGGCAGGCCUGUCCUAAAAGAGUUGGCAAUGCCUGACCUACUUUUCAAGGCUCUUCUAGACAGCAGCCUCCAUCUCUGGCAUAGAAAAAGGGCCUGGUGUCAGGAAGAGCCCUGGAACCUACUGCAUUCUAUCCAUCAUGGGAGUAGCUGGGCCCUGUCAGGGCUCAGUGAAACCUGGGAUUGGUGACUAAAGGGGGAAGAUGGGGACUGGUGGCAUCAGAGGACCGGCAUGGGCACUGAGGUCUGGAGAGAUGUUACAGAGGAAGGAAAUAUGUCUUGAGACUCUGAGAGCUGCCCAGAGGGAGUCCCAGGGCCAGUGCCUAGUGUAUUUGGCAGGGGUGGGGGUUGCAGGGACUGCGGGGGUAGUUUACCUGAUUGACUCCCAACCCUGCCUGCCUGAGGCUGGUGAUCAGGAAGGCACUGUUGACUCUGGUGAGAUCACAGAGGUAGUUCCAUAGGCCCCACCCACUCCCUACAGCUGUGCUUCCUGCUGCCCAGUGCCAAGCCCCUAGGUACCCUCUGGGAGCUGCUGGCCAGAGGUCAGGUGGCUGUGGGAGCUGAGCGCUGGUGCCUCCCACAUUCCCCCAGGAACCAUGGGGAUAUGAAGGUCAUAGGCUUCCCUUUUCUUCCUAUUCCUACUUAUCCUGAAUGCCACCCACUCCAGCUGUGUAGGCCCCCAGGCGCUGACUGCCUCAAGGAUCCAAUCUGAAAAGAUGCAGGCCAGUGGUAGCUGCCACACAGACUGGAGACUGGUGGUGUGGGGGUGAGGGGAGGGGCUGCUGUGUGUGCAGCUGCACAAGGCUCAGGAGGGAGGCCCCAGGUCUGCCCCUUGUUCUGCCCCUCCUCCCUUCUCUCUGGACUCAAACCAGAGGAUUCUGUCUCGACCAAGAGUUCUUAAGAAGGUUCCACAAGCCUCCUCAAAUUAUGUGUAUAUAUGCAAAGGCCAUUUUGGGGGGAAGGGCCAAAGCCUUCAUCAGUGUGCCCAAAGUAUAACAGCCUCUCUGUGAAUCGCUGUUUCAGAGUCUGUGCUGGGCUCAUGCACAGUCAGAACAGAAGGAGCCAGCAGGCCACAGCCAGUCCUCAGAGCCUGGGUUAAGGCUGCUUCUCCAAAGACCCUCUGAAAAGGUUUCUCUGGUGGACAGGAAAUCCCGAGGGCACGUAGGAGGCCCUGAGCCUGUGGCUUGGAGAGGGAAGACAGGACCCUGGGAGCCAAUGAAAGAAUAUGGGGGCCCUCAGAGACCUGAGUUCUGGUCCCUCUUUGGGCACAUCCCCUCAGUCUUCCCUUCUGUGGAAUUGGGCAGGCCCACAUGCUCUGUUCUCUGGCUCAGCCCUGUUUGACUCCUCUUUCCUGUCCUAGGCCUUGGGUGGGUGGGCAGGCCCCUUCCUGCUAGCCCUCUGCCCUCCCUCUCUCUCUCUCUCUCUGGUCCUGCCCAGCCUCUGCCAAUCUGUGAAACUCGCAGUCCCUGAGUCCCCUGGGAGGCCCUGGGCCAAGCUGAGCCCAGGGCGCUGUGAGAAGUCAGCAGUGAGGAAUCUCAGAAGCCCUUCUGAGGGAGACCCCUCCAGAGACCCCCAUGAAGAGAUCACCACAAACCCAGGUGCAGGAGCGCCUCAUGGAGCCCCCAAGCAAGAGGCCCCUGGAGGAGUUUCCCCCAGAAGAGUCCCUACCCGAGGACUCAGGCCUCGAGGCAGCUCCGAGCACACACAUUCUCUACGUGGGCCACCUGAACCCCCAGUUCUCUGUGCCUGUGCUCGCCUGCCUGCUGCGGGACGCCCUGGAGCGACUGGAGCUGCCGGUGGCACGGGAACACAUCGAGGUGGUGAGGCGGCCCCGGAAGGCCUACGCACUGGUGCAAGUGGCCGCCCACAAGGACACCUUGGCCUCCCUCCCGCAGCGCCUGCAAACAGCGCUGGAGGAACACCAGAUCCCCAAGGAGCUGGCAGCCCGUGGGAAGGAGUUGGUGUUGGGUGAGGGCCGGGGCCCCUCCAACCAGAGAGAGGAGGACAGUGGCCCCAGCCCAGGCUCCCGGCUCCCACCAGGUGGGCUCGCUGAUGCCUCCCCAAACCCGGCCCUGGCCCCACGGCAGAGGAGCUCCCAGGGCCAGCCCAGGGGCACACGCUCGGACAGCGCCAUUGUGCACCAGAAGAUCCUGGGCCAGGAGCAGCUCUUCCAGGGAGCCUUCCUGGGAAGCGAGACGCGCAACGUGGAGUUCAAGCGGGGCAGCGGCGAGUACCUGAGUCUGGCCUUCAAGCAUCACUUGCGGCGCUACGUGUGUGCCUUCCUCAACAGCGAGGGCGGCAGCCUGUUCGUGGGCGUCGAGGACAGUGGCCUGGUGCAAGGCAUCCGCUGCAGCCACCACGAUGAGGACCGUGUGCGCCUGCUAGUGGACUCCAUCCUGCAGGAUUUCAAGCCCCAGGUCUUCCCUGAUGCCUACACACUCACCUUCAUCCCCGUGGUCAGUACCACUGCCUCCAGCACCCCCCUCAAGGUGAUCCGCCUGAGCGUGCACAUCCGCAAGGCCCAGGCUGAGCCGCAGCUCUACGAGACAGACCAGGGGGAGGUGUUCCUGCGGCGGGACGGGAGCACCCAGGGCCCACUGACCAUUGGCGCCAUCCAGGAGUGGUACCGGCAGAAGUGGACAGCGCAGCUGAGCAAGCUGCAGGAGCAGGUGAAGGUGCUGACAGCCGAGAAGGAGCAGCUCCAACAGCAGCUGCAGUGGCACAGGUCCACCUCCUGCACCUGCUGCAUCCUGUGAGGCCACCAGAGGCCAGCACAGGGAGAAGCCAGUGCUGCACCUGGUGAGGCAGGCGUUUGAGCUGAUAUCCUCCCAAUAAAACCCCGUCUGGGCUGCUGAGAGGUGGACAGAGCACUACGAUUCCUUCUGCUUCAGCAACACGGCACACACACAGGCUGGUCCCCACGCAGCUUCAGUCCUGAGCAGACUCCGGUCUUUGUAGCUAAGAAACUGCUCUUAACACCAUCCCCAAGGACCCUUCCUCUCAGAAAUAAGUAACUUUGUGUAAGCUUGGCCAGAGCCAUCCCAGGAGUGAACUGUAAGUAAGGGACUGUCCCUCUUCCUAAAAAGUUCAUUUUGCCCAGGCUGGGGUCUGUGACUUCAGUUGGUUAGACAGGGCCAGAAAGGAAGCUGUCAUCUUGGGAAAGCCCCUCUGCAGAUGGCAAGGCACGCUCAGUAACCAUGGUUACAGGGCAAACAGGCCACCCUGCAGCCCACAGCCCUGGCUGGUUGGAACUUGUGAUUGUUAAAGCUCUUUAAUAAAUUAUGUGCACCUGG